AAUAUAAAUAUGCAAAAGUCAGAUGAAGUCACUGAAAAGUUCAAACGAUAUUGUAAUCAACUGGAAAAAUACGGCCAAACUGAAAAUGUGCAUUCUCCAGUGAUGGCGAUGUUGCGCAGAAAAGGCCGAAAACAGCUCAUUGAGAUUAUGAAACGCGACGGGGACUGUACAAGUUCAAUCAAUAAAUUGUGGAUUGUUGGAUAUUAUCACCCUUUCCAGUUUUUUAUUCGAGAUAAGGAGAAAAACAUGGCAAUAGCCGUGUUGCUGACAAUGUUCUGUGGAGAGCUUCAAGAAAUGCUUUCGCUUCCCGAUGACAAAUACCCAGCAUUGUGGAACAUGUACAUUGGAGAUUUUCAUCGUUAUAUGCCAGACGAAGAAAUUCAGAAAUGCUUGGCAGUUGGAUAUUAUUCAAGAGCAAUCGAUCUAGAUCCGAAUCAAGGAAGAGCUUUCCACGUUCUCGCUGGUCUCCGAGCUGACCUGAAUGUUGCACAGAAGCUGAGACUGAUGAUUUUAGGACAGCUCGCCGAUGCUCCAUAUAAAAAAGGCACUGAACUCUUGGAAUAUUUGAAAUUUCCACAAAAAGAAUCCACUGAUAAAUUGAUGGUAGAUUUUGUCAUUUGGGCAUUGAACGAGAAAUCAAAACGAAUGGAUUAUCAGAUGACUGGAAUCAAAAUAGUAAACGAGUUUAAAGCAGAAAUCGAACAGAAACUCGAAUUCGAUUGGUCUCUGAUCAUGUCAACGUGUCGUUUAGCAUCUAAAUUGGCAAUGAAGAAAUUUGGAUUUCAACAAUUCUACAAUUGCUUCGACACAAUUUCAACGCUGUAUAUUACAAUUUAUUCACGUACGAUUUCAUCCAAAUGCCUUCUAGCUGAAGCUAUCUCAUGGAUUUCCGAUUCAGCCGAAAUACUCGGACACUUGGAUGAGCAGAAAAAUGAGCCACAUUUCCAGAAGCUAUCGGUUUUCGCCAAAACGAAAUGGAACGAGCUCAACGACUUGGUUAUGAAUCAUAUCAAUUCCGUAUUCACAUCCAUGUCACUCACAAUCAAUCCAUCUAUUUCUAUGACCAGCUUUCUGCUGAAUGGUCCAAUAUCCGAACCCAAUGUUGAAUUUUUGAGUCAAUUAAUCAAUUAUCUGGUUUCCGUCGAAUUCCCACCAAUGGAGAUAAUCCACGAUAGAGAAGAAUCGGGUCCAUUGCUACGACGAAUUAAUCAAUCGGAACAAAAACGUUUGGAUAUUCAAAUAAAGACACAAAAUGAUGAAGUUAACCGGGAGGAUUGGAGACCUGUUUAUGUAUUGAUGGAUUAUGACGUCAUAGUUGACAAAAUAAGAAUUGCUCUAAAAAUUUGGGAUAUCGAUGAUUUCAUCUGCAUUUUGCCAUCAACAGUGCUUGAUGAACUUGAUUAUCAGAAAACGAAGAAUCGAGCAGUUCGUCCAGUAAUUCGGGCAUUAAUGGAGCUUCAAGCAGAGGGAAAAAUUGUGCUAAAGAAAUGUGAUAACGAGAGAAGCUGCGCGGAGCAAUUGGUUCAAAGUGCACGAAGAUCUGCAGAAGAUCACAAGCAUAUUGUCGCUUUUCUGUGCAAAAACCCGAGUGAACAGAAAGAAAUGGAAGGAGUUACUUUUUACGAUAUCGAUCAGUUCUACAUGAAGUAUUUGGAGUGAUGAAAAGAAAGGGCUCUACACUGAAAAAUCUCACGAUGGCUGGAAUUGGAACCGCUUAAAAUCAUUGAGAUCAUAUUCUUCGGAUUUAUUUUUGAUUUAUUUUACUGGAUUCAAUUAUUUGACAAUUUUUUGGUAAUAAAAUUUUCUAAUUAAC